UAUCUGCACACCAUGUCGGACCCCAAGACCGUCGACACCGAAAGUGCUGGGCUGUUAUACAACCCCGACAACGAGCAUGAAGACGAAUGCUGCUCACAUUGCGGCCGAGCAUACAAGCCGCUUUCUCAUCAAAAGGAACGAAGCAAAGCAACUUGGAUUAUUAUCUGGAUCCUUCUCUGUGCACUUUUGAUCAACAUAGGUGGGCUGCUAUUACAACUACAUCGAGUUCCUAGUGGCGUGCAGAAAGACCCUUCGUUGCAAUUAUACUCCCCGGUUAAUGACCUGGUGGAAUAUGUUCCGCAUCUAUUCAACAGGAGUAGGGGAGAACAUAAAACGAAAUUUCAAGGAUGGCCAACAGAUGAAAUCGACGAUAACUGGGCAUCAUUAUAUUCACCCGGCAUGUUAAGUGCGAUCGAUGCUCAUACUGCUUCUCUGUUGCCUGAGCGCACAGCCCGCCUCCCGCUAGAGGGGAGAGAAAACGAAUAUGUCAUGACGCUCGAUAUUUUCCACCAAAUGCAUUGCUUAGAUGUUGUGAGGAUGGCGUUAUAUCGGGAUCGAUACGACAAGCAUUUCUACUUUCCCAAUGGCACGGUGGAUUAUUGCAAGUGGUUGCAUGUUGACCAUUGCUUGGACCAAGUCCGUCAAGCGCUCAUCUGCCAGGCGGAUGUCAGCGUUGUUUACUUUGAAUGGAGCGAGAUUGUGCAAGGCCUUCGGCCUCGAGUAGAUAACCAGCACACCUGUCGUAACUUCGACAAGGUUCUUGACUGGGCUGCUGAACACACGGUAAGUGCGCACAAUUGGCACCCCAGCAAACACGUCGUGGAAGGACACGAUGGAAAACUGGAAAUUCAGAAGGGCAGAAAUCAUGCACUACCAGGUCAAGGAGAAUGUAAUGCCGUGUAGGCUAUCUGGCUAGACUGUAGAACGGAUAGGAAGAUAUACAUAUGUAGAAAUAAAGUAUGCACGCAAUUUUGUUUAUAUCUUCAAC